ACUACCUGUUUGCUGUUCGCCUUCCUUGUCAGACACCUUCGACCUUUGUGUGGAUCUGUAACUACACAUAGGACAUUGAGACGCGCCACGCGACGCCACUGCCGCUGGACGGAAGACUUCGUCAGGUCACCAUGGAAACGUGAUGGAGUUCCCUCAGCAUUCCCAGCAGCUGCUGUCAGCGCUGCGCUCUCAACGUCAGCGAGGCUUCCUCUGUGACUGCACCGUUCUGGUGGGCUCCCAUCAUUUCCUUGCUCAUCGGGCCGUUUUGGCCUCCUGCUCACCUUUCUUCCACAUGUUCUACUCAGACUCUCCAGGGGGAAAUGGUGGAAACGGUGCCAACUGCUCGGUUACACUUGACAGCGAUAUUGUCACGGCUGCUGCGUUUAGCUUGCUGUUGGAUUUUGUCUAUGAAGGCGUGCUGCAGCUGGAUGAGACUCCUCCACUGGAGGACAUACUGGCAGCUGCAAGCUUUUUGCACAUGAAUGAGGUGGUGCGCGUGUGCAAGAGGAGGCUGCAGAGACGAGGACCUUUGGCUGAGGCAGACAGCACUCGCUCAGAAGAGAGCACUAGUGAGAGGAAGGUAACACAGACAGGAAGGGAGGGUGGGAGUCUUGAUGGCGCCGAGCCUGUAGUGCCCAUGGCAGGAGAUCACUUGAAUGGUGUUGCCAUGGCAGCACCACUCUCAACAGUGUCCAUAGUGGCAGAGAGGAGUCACAUGGAGUCAGUGAAGUCUGAGCAAAGGACUGGUGGGGGGUCAUCACAAGCACGAAUUCAGACUCCUCUGAGCCCUGACCUUGCUGACACCACCCAGCCAGGCAUGGAUGUCCCUCCUCUGCCUGCAGGAGGAGAGCUGGUUCAGGGCCUCAUGACAGGCCAGUCUGCUGCUGCCUCUGGAGGUCAUAUCAGGCUGCGGAAGGGGGGUCAGGGGGAUAGAUUGGCACUCUGCAGCCCUUGCAGCACCACAGAGACAUACAGCCACAGCAGUAACCAGCAGCCCUCGUCGUCAUCGUCUUCUUCCCUGGUCUUGCUGAACCAAACUAGUGGUCGGACAGCAGGGGCAUUUUCCCAGUCAGAAUCCAAAAUCUCCCCCAGCCCACUUCAGGACUCACUACAAUUGUCCCAUAACAGUGACCUACUUAAAAACCCCUUAGAGACCGAACAGAGAGGCACUUCAAGUGGAGGACAGCAGAUGGUUAUGUUACUCCAGGCCUCAGUGCUCACCUCCCACUCACAAGCCAACCCCACAGACUCCCCACUACAACGUGUGCAUCCCAAAAUCCGAAUCCAGAGCGCUGUGUCACUUCAGCGCCAAAGCUCAGACUUCCAGACGUCUUCUCAGACUUCAUCUCUAACAGGCAAUGAACGAUGUUCUCCAGCUAACAGACAUGCAAAAUUUCACUCUCAUGUGAGCAGAGCGAGGACAGACAACAGUGACACAGAAAAUAUGAAAGUCAAAGUGGAGGCCAUUGUGAUAUCUGAUGAGGAGCAGGAGGAGGAGAAAGAGCAAAGCAGAGAGAGUGAGCCAAUAAUGGAAGUGGAUGAGGACUUUGAAGAUGACAUUCAGGAGGAGGAAAACAGCCCCCAGUUUCUCCCCUCCCACCCACAGGGGCUCCUACAAAUGACUUCACACUCAAAUGACUACACUUUUUCCCUCUCUCCCUCCUCCUCCUCCUCUGGUGUUGGCCCUUCCUCCCAUGACAAUGCCCCCUUUCCAGGCUCCAUCGUUCCCCCGUCCACAGCUCAGCAGCAUUCAGAACCUCCUGCCUACUUCCAGGACCCUAUGGGGAACUUUGUUGAAGACGUCCCUACAUGUGGAGUCUGUGGAAAGACUUUCUCAUGUACAUACACACUAAGGCGUCAUGCCAUCGUGCACACACGAGAGCGCCCUUAUGAGUGCCGCUACUGUUACCGCAGCUACACACAGUCAGGCGACCUCUACCGACACAUUCGCAAAGCUCAUGACCACACACUGCCAGCCAAACGCAGCAAGGUGGACAUGGAGCCGUCCCUGCCACCACAACCACCACCGCCACCAUCUCUCAGCUAAAACACAAACACUGCUCUAUUUCCAUGUGUGUCCACAAACUUUACUGCCGAAAACUAAGCUGAUAUUCCUUAAAGUGGAGACUAAUGUAGUGUCCUCUUAAAUGUGUGGGUUUGCCAGGGUAUUCUUUAUUUUAGGAAAUUGAAUUUCAAAAAUUUUAAACCUUACCUCUAUGUAAACUGGACCAAACAAACCAUUUGAAAAAGUGCCUUCACUGACUGCACGGUUGCACUGCAAAGACAGUUGCAUGAUUGGCUCUAAUUUUAACCCCCAUCCGCUUAAAUGUUGCUAUGGGGAGGUGAUACCAGCCCUGCUUUACAGUUGUUGUCACAAAAUACUACAUCAGAUCUGAAACCUGUGCCAUUCUGCUACUCUUUGUAAAAACUUUAAAGUUUAGGUUUGUACGUUUUUAAUGUGUGUGUCAAGCAUUAUUAGAGACUCCAUUAUUGUGACAAAAGAUGGGUCAAGAGUUGUCUCAACACACUCAUGCUGUAAUAGUUUUGAAAUAUAAAAGCUAUUUAUAAUGUUCCCACUUAGAGUACAUUCAUAUAACUUGUUCAACUGUUAUUUCUGAGUGUAUCUCAAUGCCAGCACUAUUUAAUUUGCUAAAUAUUAUUUGUACUGUGUAAUGUGUAUUUACAGGAUGAAACCAUCGGGUCUCCCCAUUGCAGCAAAUGCCUGCAGCUGUGCCAAAUUGCCCGUUUGCCUUGUUUCUUCAGCCUCUGAAGAGACGCCUUAGCAGUGCAAUUAAAAAACUCAAAUGCAUAUCUAAGAAAAUACGGGCUCAGACAUAAUCAUACUCUCAACUGACUUUUUAUUUUUUAUAAUGUGUUCAUUUCAGUGUAGUGCAGGUGAGGAAUAAAAAGCAAAUAGGUUUGGGGAAUUAUUUUUUAACCGGCUUUAAUAUUGACGUGAUCUUUCUGAAGCGUUUCCCCUGUAGUGACACUUGCAGUAAUUCUGCCUUUUUUAAAUGUUUAACUGUGCCUGAACAUUUGCUGUGCUGCACCACUAUACAUGAUUGCAGAUUGUUAGCAUAUUUAAAUUGAGUCAUUUUACCAACCACACAAAUUCUAGACUGGAUACUCAAGAGUUUUAUGCUGGCCAGUGUUCAAAUUCUAAAUGUUAACCUGUGAAUAAACAUUCUUCAGUACAAAUUGUGUGUAAAUAUUGUAAUCUUUCAGUAUAUAGCAUAGAUUUGUACGGUCUGUAUUACCUUUCAUUGUUCUUUAUUUCACAAAAAAAUAUAUAUAACUGUUACCUUUUGCACUGCCACAGUGAGACUGAACGGAGUGGUUACAUUUCUGAAGUCUUUUUACUGACACCAAUCUGAUCCCUUUUAUCAGGAUGUUUUAUCAAUGUUCAGUCUUCUACUGGACCAUGGAUCUGUGAAAAGAUAAAACAUCAGCAGGCAGCUACAAUUUUACCUGCCUCUGUCUUUUCAUCUAAAUGAUAAUGUAAUGAAACAUUGUUGCAUUUUUUUGUCCAGUUAAAAAAUGUUUUAAUAAAAUUAUUGUAAUUCUG